AGCAGCAGCUCAGACCUGGGCAGCCCUCCUGCAGAGAUGCUCCUGCGCCUGCUCCUGGUGGCCCUGCUUCUGUCCCCCACUGGGGAGGCCGGGAAAAUCAUCGGGGGCCACGAGGCCAAGCCCCACUCUCAUCCCUACAUGGCUGUACUUCUAAUCCAGACUUCCAAGGAAUUUAGCAGAUGCGGGGGUUUCCUUGUACGUGAAGACUUCGUGCUGACUGCAGCUCACUGCUCAGGAAGCUCCAUCACUGUCACCCUGGGGGCCCACAAUGUCAACAAGCAGGAGAGGACCUGGCAGGUCAUCCCCGUGAGAAGAGCCAUCCCCCACCCACACUAUAAUAAUAAGAACCAUCAAAACGACAUCAUGUUACUGCAGCUGACAAGGAAGGCCAAUCUGACCUCCGCUGUAAGCCCCAUCAGGCUGCCCUGGAGGAGGGAGCCGGUGAAGCCAGGGAUGGUGUGCAGUGUGGCCGGCUGGGGGCUUCUUGGUGUGAACAUGCCUAUUGCAGAGAAACUGCAGGAGGUAGAGCUUGAAGUCCAAAAGAAUGAGCAAUGCAGCUCUCGCUACAAAGAUUACAAUGACAGCAUCCAGAUAUGUGCGGGGGACCCGAGAAAGAGGAAGAGUUCUUUUAAGGGGGACUCCGGGGGUCCCCUCGUGUGUAACGGUGUGGCCCAGGGCAUUGUCUCCUUUGGAAACAAGGAUGGGACACCCCCAAAUGUCUACACCAGAAUCUCGGGCUUUCUGCACUGGAUUCAGAAAACAAUGAGCUACGACAACCUGCAGGGACCAGACUGAGGUGCCCCUGGAA